AUGAUAGGAGCGAACCUUCGCUUCGGAUCCGCUGGUGCAAACAACGCUUCAAUAAUCAACAACACAAGGCACUGUCCGCCAGGUGGUGCUGCAAGCGCUGCUGCACUCUUAGCCCUAUCGGGUCUGGGCAUGUCGGCUAACAUUGCACUUAUGACGGUCAUACUCAGCAAAAAACAACUCAGGAGGUGGUCGCACGGACUCCUUUUCCACCAGGCAGUUGUGGACUGCGCUCGUGCCGCUAUACUUCUACCUCUUGGCAUUGCUGUGUUUCGUUGUCAACCCGUUUAUAAAUGUUCACUAGUAGAGACUGCCUUUUUAUUACUUGUAACCGUAUCAACAGUAAAUAUGUUAACGACAGUCCUAAAUGAUAGUCCUAUAUUCCCUGAGAAUGAAGAGGAACAAGCUGAUCUGGCGGCUCCGUUACUAAUGGAUAGCCCUCAAUGUGUCCUAUUUGGAACAUUCAUGAUAUGGUUUGCAUCAAUUACUAUAAACCUUGGGCCAACAUUUUUAUCCGGAGCCUUAGCAGCAAGCGCUGGUUCUUACAGUUCUUACGGUCCUUCACCUUCAUGUCCAUUGGUACGUGGACCUUUUAGACAUUACGUACUCAACGCGCUUUGGAUUGGGGUCAAUGCUGUAUGUGUUGGACUUACGUUAUUCCACUUGAAAAAACUUCACCGCGAUCUGACUAAGGCUAACGUAGAAGCAGUUCGAGUAGCUGGUCUAGUGACCACGCUUGUCAGCAUGGCUGGUGACAACAGACGCAUGGAUUCACUACCAAACAGCGUUGGACCUAGGACAGUCGAUGGUACAAUGAAUGAUGGUCAGUGUGGACCUACUGGAAGUGCAAAUUUACCUUUUGGUGGUGGACGAAGACUGCGGGGAUAUCUUGCACGUGUAGAAAGAGAAGGUGUACGACGAGUUCGCAUGUUCCUUGUGAUCACCGCCGCCUAUGUUCUCUUCUGGGGUCCGCUGUUUAUUAUAACUCUUCUGCAUCAUCCGGCCCUCACCUCGCAUGUUUCAUACGAGAUGUAUUUUCAAAUAACGCUGCACAUCUCAUACGUCCACGCAGCGGUAAAUCCCCUAUUAUUCAUGGUUUUACACCGAGCGCUUCGCCGAGCAACUUUACAAUUGUGCUGCGGAUGUUGCGUUCAUUGGAGCCAGUUCGUGCUCGCUCUUACUGCUGCAGCUCAGUCACCUCUUGCUCCAUCAUCGUUUUCGCCGGCAGCAGCGUCUCCCGAACCACCGCCAGCUCCUCCACCACCUCUAGUACCACCUGCUCCACCAUCGUCACAUCCUGCGCCGACAGCGCCACACACGAUGAUGAGUUGGGAAGUUGAGGAGUAUGAUGCUGAGAGUAUGUCGAGUGCGCGUGUGCAGGGAGACGAGGAUAUGAUGGAGUGGAGUGGCAGCGUACGGCGCCAGCCGCGAUCGCCGCGAUCCCUGCGCUCUUCGCGCUCGCCUAGCCCGUUGCUGCCCUCGGUUUGA